AUGCCGCUGCAGGAUGAAACCCUCCGAGAGGUGUGGGCCUCGGACAGCGAACAUGAGGAGGAAGGUGGGAGCCCAGAGGCUCAGAGACGCCCCAAGCAGCGACCUGUCCCUGGACAGAAGCUGAGGAAGAAGAGGGCAGAUGUCCCAGAGUCCCCCUGUUCCAAGGGAUCCAAGCCUCGGAGACCUGGAGCGGGGAGGAGGGGGAAGCCACAGGAGGAGCCUGCGAAGGAACCAUCUGAUGCCCAGGCGCCACACCCCCUCUACACCAAGUUCCUCAGGGACCCGGAAGCCAAGAAGCCCGACCCCCGGGAAACAUUCCUGGUAUCCCGUGCCCCAGACAUUGAAGACGUGGAUAACGAUGAGGAAGAGGACAGUGAAGAUGACGAGGAAGAAGAGGAGGAGGAAAAGAAAGAGAAAAUCCCUCUGCCUCCCAAGAAACCUCCUAAAGAAAAGGCUUCUGCAGACACCAAGGAGAGGAGGACCAAGGCCCAGGGCCUAAGGGGGGGCCUGGAAAGUCCUGUCCCCCCACAGAAACCUCUUCGAAUUAAGAAGAAGGAGGCCCCAGCAGGGGAAGGGACCAGGAUGAGAAAGACAAAGAAGAAAGCGCCUGGGGAGGCUGACAAGCACCCCUCAGGGAGCCCAUCCAGAGUGAGGAAGAAGGUCCCAGAAGCCAUGUUUCUGGUUCAGGAAGGUGACCCAGCCAAGAAGACUUGGAAGAAGAAAGGUACUUCCAAAGGCCCAGAAGAGGAGAGGAAGGAGGAAGACGAAGAGGAGGAGGUGGCAGCUGAAGCGACCAAGAACAGCAAUCCGAAGGGCAAAGCGAAAGGAAAAGGCAAAAAGAAAGCAAAGGAAGAGAGGACCCCAUCCCCACCUGUGGAGGUGGAUGAACCAGGACAGUUUGUGCUGCGGCCUGCCCCCCAAGGCCGGACUGUGCGCUGCCGGCUGACCCGGGACAAGAAGGGCAUGGACCGGGGACUGUAUCCUUCCUAUUUUCUGCACCUGGACACUGAGAAGAAGGUGUUCCUCUUGGCUGGCAGGAAACGGAAACGCAGCAAAACAGCCAAUUACCUCAUCUCCAGUGACCCUACCAACAUGUCUCGAGGAGGGGAGAACUUCAUUGGGAAGCUGAGGUCUAACCUCCUGGGGAACCGUUUCACCGUUUUUGACAACGGGCAAAACCCACACCGUGGAGGAGGGGGCGCUGACGUGGGAAGCCUGCGUCAGGAGCUGGCAGCCGUGAUCUAUGAAACCAAUGUGCUGGGCUUCCGCGGUCCCCGGCGCAUGACUGUCAUCAUUCCGGGCAUGAGUGCGGACAAUGAGAGGGUCCCCAUCCGGCCCCGAAAUGCUAGCGAUGGGUUGCUGGUGCGCUGGCAGAACAAAACGCUGGAGAGCCUCAUUGAGCUGCACAACAAACCGCCUGUCUGGAAUGAGGACAGUGGUUCCUAUACCCUCAACUUCCAAGGACGAGUCACCCAGGCCUCGGUCAAGAACUUCCAGAUUGUCCACGCCGAUGACCCUGAUUACAUCGUGCUGCAGUUUGGCCGCGUGGCGGAAGACGCCUUCACCCUGGACUACCGGUAUCCGCUGUGCGCCCUGCAGGCCUUCGCCAUCGCCCUCUCCAGCUUCGACGGGAAGCUGGCCUGCGAGUGA